UUAAAAAAAAAUGCAUUUUGCAUCCACAUUUCCAACUCCAAGUCUCAUCUGAGUAUCUUGCACAACAGUCGCCAACACAAAAUCCAGCGCACCUACCUACAACCGUCCGCCGUCGUUCUCUCAUAUCUCUGAUUUAUGUUCUCUCUCUGCUCUCGCAGGUGGUGCUAAAUGAUAAUUCAAUCGCCACAUUUCUAAACCCUAAUUAUGGAAUGCACAGUGUUAUUUCCUCCUAGUUCGCAUUUUGUUCCAUUGGGAAGAACAUUGUGCAGAAACCAGAGAAUCACUUUAGCAACACGUUCAUCAAAUUCAAAUAGAAGAAAAGAGAAACCAACAAAGAAUCUUCAAUAUCCACGGCGUGGCAAGCUACCUCCAGAGUUUGGUGUUAAUUUAUUCUUGAAGAAGCCUAGCACCAUCACCACGGAACCAACUCAUGAUGACAACGAUAAGGAUUUCACCGUAGAAGAGAAUCAGGAGGAGGAACAAAGUACCGAUGUUGUUUGGGAAUCCGAUGAAAUUGAUGCCAUAGCAUCGCUUUUUCAAGGUAGAAUCCCACAAAAACCUGGAAAUUUGGACCGGGAAAGACCUCUUCCUCUUCCGACUCCUCACAAGCUUCGACCAUUGGGACUACCUACGCCAAAAAGACUACCAGCUAUGGUUUCUUCUCGUGCUCCUAUAGAUAAGAAAUUAUAUAAAAAUCCGACUUUUCUUGUUGGGUUGGCAAGGGAGAUCAGUAGGCUUAAUCCAGAUGAUGAUGUAUCUAUAAUUCUAGGAAAGUGGGUACAUUUGCUGAGGAAGGGUUCUUUAUCGAUGACAAUAAAGGAGUUAGGCCAUAUGGGGUGCCCUGAGAGAGCUCUACAAACAUUCAGUUGGGCACAAAAUCAGCCUCAUCUCUUUCCUGAUGAUUGGAUUCUGGCCUCAACGAUUGAGGUCUUGGCUAGGAACCAUGAGUUGAAGGUUCAGUUUAACCUAAACAAGUUUACUGCUAUGGCGAGUCGUGGAGUAUUGGAGGCAUUCAUCAAGGGUUUUUUAAAAGGAGGAAACCUUAGACUUGCUUGGAAGGUAUUGGCAGUUGCAAGAAGGGAUAAAAGAAUGUUGGAUCCCAGUAUUUAUGCAAAACUAAUAGUGGAACUUGGAAAGAACCCUGAUAGAUACAGACAUGUCGAGUCGUUGUUAGAUGAACUCGGAGCACGUGAUGAAUUGAAUUUGAGCUCGCAAGAUUGCACUGCUAUAAUGAAAGUCUGUGCUAAGAUGAAGAAGUUUGAUAUGGUUGAGAGCUUGUUCAGUUGGUUCAAACAGUCUGGUUCUCAACCAAGUGUGGUUAUGUACACUUCUGUAAUUCAUAGCCGCUAUGCCGAGGAGAAGUACAGAGAGGCAUUGGAUGUAGUUUGGGAAAUGGAGGCUUCAAAUUGCCUCUUUGACCUUCCAGCAUAUCGCAUGAUCAUAAAGCUGUUUGUUGCUUUAAAUGAUCUAUCUAGAGCCAAGAGAUAUUUUUCCAAACUUAAAGAAGCAGGAUUCUCUCCCACUUAUGGUUUAUACAAGGACAUGCUUGAAAUUUACAUGGCCUCUGGGAGGAUAGCAAAGUGUAAAGAGAUCUGCAAGGAGGCCGAGAUAGCAGGUUUCACGUUAGAUAAACAUCUAGUGUCAUAUGGUUUAAUAAAUAAAGCACAGUAGACUGUAAGAAUCCAACAAGAAUUAUGAUAGUUUGUAUCAAGUUUGGAUCCCUCCUUAUAAUCCAAUGGGUACACUGUACCAUUAUGGGCAUCCAUUUGUACAUUGACAAACAUCUUCAACAUUGAGGGUAAAUUAUUAUAUGUGAAUAUGCAACUAAAGCUUGUGAUGGUUGUUCCAACUGUUGAGAGAGAUUGUCAUGAUAUGGAAAAAAAAAGGGUCUAUUUAGUUUGAAAAA